UCUGCUGUACGACUGUAGCUCUUUUCCGAUUUUGAGCGAGUGCUGUUGAUUGAUUCGGUCAUUUGGAAGUACGGCAGGUCACGAUGUGGGUGGUUCCUGGUCGGUCGUCGGAACGUAUUUAGAGAUGUGGCCUAUGCUUCUCUUUUCUGACUGUAUGCAGUAUGCACCCCCUUCUAUCCACAGUGAGGAAAAAAAUCUCGGCCGCUUGGUUUGGUUGCCUUCGCGGCUUCCUGUCAAGAUGGCAAUGGGGAAUUCCUCGUCGGGGAUUGACCCACCAUCUCCGUCCCCGCGGGGGGGAAAUUUCCCCGUCCCCGUCCCCGCGAAGGCCAUUGAGGAACAUUUUUCUCCCAUCCUCGUUCCCCGCGGGGAAUUGGUCCCCGAUGGGGAUCCCCGUACCCGACACUAAACAAGAUAAAGGCAAUAGAACAAUAAGCAUGACUAAGACAUGGUUAUCAAUUGUGAUCUAAAGUUCAUACACACAUCAUAAUCAUAACAUACAACUAGUCACAUUCUUAAUUUCUCAAUCAUAGUUCCUCUGCAUCCAUAUUCUAUAUAUUUGUAUUUAUUAAUUAACGGGGCGGGUACGCGGGUUUCGGGUACGGGGAAAUAGAGAACAUCCCCGAACCCGCCAGACCCGAUGGGGAGAGAAUUUUCACCAUUAGUCUCUCCGUGGGGAGUAAAUCUCUCACAUCUCCGAUCCCCAGUAGAGGAAUUCCCUACGGGGAAUCGGAUUUCGGGUCCCCAUUGCCAUCUUGAGCUUCCUGUCCUCCACACUCGGCAGGAAAAACCGUGACGUCCAUCCGGCUUCCUGUCCUCCACACUCGGCCGCUUGGUUUGGUUGCCUUCGCGGCUUCGCCUGUCACCAUCCGUCGUGAUUGAACAGUGGAGCCCGAGCGCGCACGCCCGCACGUCGAUCGGCACCAUGCAAGCGCGCGCUGCCAGCGCUCCCGCUCCCGCUCCCAUCUGACCAAUUCCCAGCCACGAAAACUCCGCAAACGUCGCACGCACGUACGCCGUCUCCGUGCCAAGCAUGGACACCGCGCUAAUUAACCCGAGAUCGAUCGGGCCCCAACCCGACCACGCACAGACACCACCUCCGCACGGGGAUUAGCAGACGGCGCCGAUCGACGGUGAGCAGGCAGCAGAAUUAGCGGAGCGCGCGACGAUGGCGGCGGCGGGCGUGUUCUGGGGAGGCGGGAGGGCGGACGAGGUGGCUGACUUCGACGAGUACGACCCCACCCCCUACGGCGGCGGCUACGACAUCGCGCUCACCUUCGGUCGCCCGCUGCCGCCCUCCGAGGAGACAUGCUACCCGAUCUCCACCGCAACCUCCUCCGCCUCCUCGUACGACCGUCCCCAGCAGGCGCAGCACGGAGGCCGGAGGCCCGGCGGCGCCGAGGAGUCCCACGGGUCAGCUGCAGGGUACGGUGGAGGCGGCGGCGGCGGGUACGCGGUGUCCGGGCGGCCUCAUCAGCCUCAUAAGGAGGAGACCCACGGCUACGGGAGGAAGGGACACGACGACGAUGACGAGCAGCAGGCGUACCGGAAGCCGAAGCCGGCGUACGGGGACGACCACGACCACGAGCAGCAGGCGUACCGGAAGCCGAAGCCGGCGUACGGAGACGACGACGACGACGACAGGAAGCCCGGCUACGGCCGGAAGAAGAAAGGACACGACGACGAGUCGGAUGACGACGACGACAAGAGAAAACCACGUUACAAGAAGAAGGACGACGACGACUCCGAUGACGAUGACAAGAAGAAGCGUUACGAGAAGAACAACCGCCGCCGCCACGACUACGAUGAUUGAGCCCUUCAGUCUCAUAUACAUACACUAAUCAUGCGUUAUCAUCCCCUCGAGCUGCAUCUCCCUUACGGUAGUAAAUAAGCAAGGCUGGGAUAGAUUGAACAUACAGUCUUGCUUUUCAAGUGACGCCUACUACUUUUUUUUUCUUGUUUUUGUUCUUCAGCUUUUUACUGCUCCGAUAACCUGUAUACUCGGUUACUUGUGACGACGAUUGUUCUUUGAACAAAAUAAUACUGUUGAUUUUCAGGUUCACAGUAAAAAAAACGUCAUAAAUGA